CCGUCUCCGUGUAAAGUAGCUGUCGUAGAGGUCCGCCGACGGUCAACAACUGUGACCAGUGACUUUCCGAUCACUACGAUCUUGAAGUUAGCACAUGAGAUCUUGAGAACGAGCUGCGAUCGCUUCUUAUGCCCGUCUCCCACUACCACGGCUCACAACAUUGACGACUCUCACGACUAGUACCUACAUACGUGCGUAUAUGUUAAAUUGAGCAUUCUGACAACCUUUCAACAGUCAACAUCGGAUUCAUCCACGGUCCUCUACGUACGAAUCAGAUGGCGUCCGCGAGACUGGAGACCUUACUCAAUUGGUGUGCACAAAACGACAUCAACAUUGACCCUCGUAUCGAACUUAUCGACAACCCAAAUACCGGUAUAUGCGUGUACUCAAAGGAAGUUCCUAUCAAUGCCCUCGAAACGCUCGUCACGAUUCCCAAGACAGCGGUACUCUCCUCACGCUCGUCUUCCCUCGCCCAUCUGAUCCCCGAAUGGGAUAUCCCACCGUAUGGACACGGCGCACAUUUAGCACUCGCCCUAGCUCUUUACUAUGAGAUUGUUCUAGGCCCAGAGUCAUGGUGGUUCGGCUACUUGCAAUCGCUUCCUCACGAACCGGUCGGGAUCGCAUUGUUCUGGGGUUCUGAUGAACUACAACAAGGGUCGCGUGCAAACAGAUUGCAACCGCAACAACAGGGACAACAAGGAGAAAACUCUGGAGAACGUAGACAACACCACGAGGAAGUUUCCGAUGGUGAACUCGCACGUCAGUGGUCCGUUGGCACGGAGAUUGACAGGGAACAGCGAACCGAGGAUGGGGUUUGGUUGUUGGAUGAACUCCGAGAGUACUACUACGCAACUGUCGAACCACUCUUCGCCAAAUUUGCAUCGCUCCCACAGUCACGUCUCGCAAAUCAUCCCAGUCCAUCAUGUACCCUUCCAGACUACAUGCAUGCGUAUUCUCUAGUCAGCUCUCGAGCGUUUCUCGUCGACGCCUAUCAUGGACUCUCGAUGGUCCCUAUAGCCGAUGCUUUCAAUCAUUCUCAACCGAACCAUGUCCAUCUUGAGAGCGAAUAUGACGUUUGCGUCAUUUGUGGCUCGUUAUCACAAUGUAUACACGAUGAACAAGAAGAAGAGAAGAACGACGCAAACGCACCACAAGCACACAUUCCAUCGAAUGACAAGAAACAUUCUUCCUCUUACGUUCACGCCGCCGCACCGCCCACCACAUCAGCAUCGAAUGAAACUGACAACUCACCACUUCAUGAUCCUGAUCGACAAGAACCGGACACAUGCGAUAUGUGCACUAACCUGCCCAUCCCACCACGUACCGAAGUCUUCAACACCUAUGGUCCAGAACUCACCAACGCACAACUCCUCGUUCGGUAUGGAUUCGCGCUGCCCAGUAACGACAAUGACGUGGUGUCUUGGAAGCCUGACGAGCUGUCCAAUAUGAUGAACUUGUCAUUGUCAGAAUCCAUAGUAUCUUAUUCAUCAUCAUCGGGAUCAGGAAUCCCGACGCCGCCGCCGCAUGAUUCAUUUAGACUUCAACCAAGUUUCCUGUCGAAGGAGGAGGCAUCUGUAGUGGAAGCCAGUGACCCCGAAGUACGUUUGCGUUCGAAGGCCGAAUGGUUAGGGGUGAAGGCGAAGUCACACUACUGGAUGCUUCUGGAGGAGGUGAUACACGUGUGGCCAACGGAAGCGCGGUGGAAGGGAUCAAAUCUGGUGUAUAACCCUUCGGUGAUUUAUACAAAUGCUGGCUAUAUGCCCGACCACGUACAACACGAGGAGCAGGAUGAGGAUCUAGAGAUGUAUGACGAAAUCGAUGAGGUUAUAGUUGUCGACAAAGAGGAAGCAGGAGACCAACUGGAGGUCUUUACCGACAAGGCAAAGACAGCGCAUGGUGGGGCGGGGUUCAUCCAAAAAGGAAGUAGCAGCGCGGAAGAAGAGCUCGAGCUUGAUAGACGGUUUCAGGGUCAGCCGGCGACUAGAAAUACAGUUCAGGGUACAGGACGCCGCCUCCACCAGCAGCAAUCGCAAUCAAGGAUAGCUCGUGAACGUGAUCAAGUGUAUGAGCGACUCCGAGGGACACGAAGUCGCACCCAAAAAACUCGUGGCGGGGUACGAAUCAAGCCUGUCUUUUGCAUCAACGGGGAUGCCAAGUUGAGUCACCAUUUAUGGGCAUACUGCGCCUUGGUCGCGCUCGUUCGGACACGGACAGGGAUAGGGCGAACACGUUCCGGUCACGGGCAUGGACACUUGAGAAGUCCUAUUCAUUCGAUCCCGCCCUUGAUUAUUGAUGUGGUGACCACCGGUCGGGUGAAUGAGAAGAACGAGGACGACAUGGAUAAAGUGGAUACAAUGCAUGAGAUUCUGCAGUAUUUGUCGUGGGUGGUUGAACGACAGGUUGCGCUGGAGGGAGAAAUGGGAGAAGGCUCGGGGAAAGGCGAGGAAGAGGGCAUGGAAUUAGAUUUGGGGGAAAGGGAGGGAGUUGCCGGCGGCAUGAACGUAUCAGGAAGUGCAGAAGAAGGUGAAGCCACUGAUGGGCCAUGGGGCAUGAACGUGGACACCAGAACAGAAGAGAGAGAAGAUGUGAUAGAGACUUGCAUAUGCCUACAGGUGGUCAAGGAACUCGUUCGCACGGUGACUUCUGUAUGCAACGAAAGGGCCAUGCAGUUGGGUCGGGCACCCCAGAUGGGAGAGCUGCUUGACGUGAGUAAAUUGACUAGCAUUUUGCCACCGUUACCAGAACCGAAACGCGUCACCUUCCUGUUUCGCGCUUUGGGACGGUAUCCAUUUCGGAGUUUUGCUGAUCAGAGUGUUCGUGCUUUUUUGGCUCCGCUAUUCGUUGAUGAUUCUGGACCGCGCAAUUGGAAUUGGACUUGUAUGUGUGGUGACAUCUCAUCUGCACGUCUGGACCGUUCUGGAUACAACCUUUGCGAUUCUCCGUCCCUGGUUUUGUGCGUAACUUUCCGGACGGAUAAUAUAGAGCUUGGGAGACGAGUGGGUGAAGACGCGGUACGCGAUGGAAGAAGUGCUGAGUGAGAGGGCAAUUCUAGAAAGCUGCAAGUGGUCGUGGCAGGAGCUGGGCAGACAUGUUUGUGGAGACACAGAAGAAGAGGCGUGACUAGUGUAAUACUGGGAUGGGAAUAUUUGAGAUACCAGGCGAGUGACUGGGAUAGUUGUGAAUCGGAAUAGGACGAGCUGCCAGAUAUGAACCGUUGGAUUGGCCCCAUUGUUCUCUGAAAGCGCGGAGACGCGGAGAGUCACGGUGAGAUUGAAGGAUUUGCAGUGUAUAUAGGAUGAUAGCCGUUACAGCGGCAUGGGGAGAAGAUGUGAAGAAGGAGAUGUGGGAGAGGACAAGAAGUCGGCGGGUGAAGGGGAGAGUUCCGGGUAGUCUACUGUACGAAUUGGGUGACUGGAGUCAGCACAUGUGCCUACCCAAUGGAUCGCGGGAACGUGUUGUGCUUGAAGCAGACGAUGGCGAACGACGUGCGCAUUGGUCGGAUGUCCUAAUGAAGGUGUUAAUAAGUGUCAAUGCAUUUAUCGAGCCCGA